AAGAAAGGGAGGCGGAAGAAGGCGGCCGUGGAACCAGGAAGAAGGGGUUUAUUUUAACCAGAACAGGCUCAGAACCGCCAAAGAACCGUCAGAACUUCAUCCUCUGUAACUGUCAGGCAUCUUGUUCGUGUCGACAUGGAAGAAACACUCUUUCAGCUGAGGUUUACAUCGAAGCAGCUUGAGAGACUGGCCAAGAAGGCAGAAAAGGAGUCAGAAAAGGAGCAGGCCAAAGUCAAGAAGGCUUUGCAACAGAAAAAUGUUGAAUGUGCUCGAGUUUAUGCUGAGAACGCCAUCAGGAAAAAGAACGAAGGUGUGAACUGGCUGCGCAUGGCGUCCCGAGUUGAUGCGGUGGCCUCUAAAGUCCAGACUGCCGUCACCAUGAAGGGAGUGACUAAAAGCAUGGGCCAGGUGACCAAAGCCCUGGACAAGGCUCUGAACUCCAUGGAUCUGCAGAAGGUUUCCGCAGUAAUGGAUAAGUUUGAGAGCCAGGUUCAGAACCUUGACGUCCACACCUCAGUGAUGGAGGACUCCAUGAGCUCAGCCAUGACGCUGACCACGCCCCAGGAGCAGGUGGAUGACCUCAUCCACCAAAUAGCAGAAGAAGGUGGCCUGGAGGUGAUGGACCAGCUGAACCAGCUUCCUGCUGGAGCAACGUCACUGGGCGGAGAGACUUCCCGGAGCCAGGAGAAGGAGGACCAGCUGUCUCGGCGGUUGGCGUCUCUGAGGAACUGAAGGCGCUGCUGCAUGGAGGAGCAGGACGGCAGCAGCUAAAUGUUUCGAUUGAACUGUUCCUGCUGGGAGAACUUAAUGAGUUUAUUGAUUUUCCUCCUCUGGCCUAAAAAUAAACCACAGCAGCCAGGAAUAGCAUCAGCUUAACUUACUGGCUCCAUCAGUCUCCUCUUCACUCCACUCACAGGAAUCUGGAUGCAAAUGUUGUAAAAUAUGUUUCUAGUGAUGAGCUCAGCUGUUGAUCUGCAGCGUGGUUCUCAGACCAGAUGCUGAAAACACUAACAGGUUUAUUCCUCUUCCCUCCUCAGACUCAGACAAUCCUCCCAUUUCUCUUCUGUGGGGUUUAGUUCAGUUUCUUUCCUGCGUUCAGAUUUUCUGCUUUAAAAGCCUUAUGUUGGGACGCAGCUGCUUCUUCCUUCAGUGCCUAGAAAGAGCGGCCGGGUAGGCGGGAAGUUUUCCUCGCUCAGAAAUGGUUUUAUUUGUUUUUAAUAGUUAGCCAUCAUAGGCGGAGUUCUGAUCCAAUUAUGGAUCAGAACCAGAACCAUGAUGUGCUCCAGAUGAUCCUCUGCAGCGUCUCCACUGGCGAGGUUCUGAUCCGGUUGCAAUCUGGUUCCUGUCCGGUUCCUCGGUGAUUCAGAAGGAAGUUUCUGAUGUUUUGUUGCUUAUCGGUUUUAAUAAUUUAGGUUUUAUUUAAACUGUUCAGCACUUUUUGUUUUCCAUAUUUAUCUUGUAAAAUAAAGUUCUGCCCUCUGUUGUCCGUCA